AGAAAGUUCUAGCUUUCUUUCCUCACUCAUUCCCAGGCUCCCCUGCAUCACUCUCGAUGGCGCCCACUUCUCACCGCUACUCCCCACUGCCCAGGGAUGAGAAUCCCAAGACCCUGGAGGACCGCAAGCUGCCAGUGCGGGUGUGGAUCCUGCUGGGCCUCCUGGUGUUACUGGUGGUAGGUCUGUCUGUGGCAACAGGCGUUUUGGCUGCCAAGUUCAAUAGGCCAGCUUGCAAGGAUGGCCUCCCGGCUGAGCAGGAGUGUCGAAACAUCACCCACCUCCUGGAGCAGGAGCUGACCCAGGCCCAGGAAGUCUUACGGGGGACUGAGGCCCAAGCUGCCACUUGCAACCAGACUGUGGGAAGUCACUGCCAUUCCUAG